CGCUUUAACACGCUGCCAACAACAGCGCCUCCCCGAGCGUCACUACAAUCCGGCUUCGCUGUGCUCUCCGCGCACCUGGAGAUCCGCGUAACGACGCGCAGCAUCUGCUGACGUCCGGACAUCGCGUGCGGUCCGAGCAUUCUUGAAGGUGCGUUUUGCUCAGCAUCUCUGCCGCCGGAUCCAGAGAGGCGGGCAGCCUCCCGGAAGAUAAAAAGCUUCGGGCUGCGCGAUGCACGAGACGGGGAACGUUACGAUCGGCACGCAUCGCGGGAGCGCAAUAUUGUGGAAUCAGGUCGUUGUGUAAACUUCCCGUACGAACAGCCUGGGAUGUGACAGACAGGGGUGCCAUUGCUCUCCGGUGACAAGUGGACUGUUUUUACACCAUCCUUCUAAAUAAGGAAGCAGGGCUGUCAGACAUAUGACCACCGUCCCGAUUUGGGCGCUGCUAGUGUGCCCAUCGCAUCCCAUGAUCGCGCGCAAGCCGUCCAAUAAGGCUCAGCAUGCGACCCCCAUUGCACACGUGGAGUGACAGCAGCGUCCCAUCACCAUCAGUCCGCCGCUCGCAACUUUCUCUCUUUCUCCCUCUCUUCCUCUCUCUCCUCCCCCCCUCCCCUGAUAUAUGAUGUCAUGUAAGGAUGAGGGUGAGAUAGGGAUUUUGGUGAGUGGCAUUCUCCACGACCCGAGGCUUCGGAGCUGCAAAACAUGGUCAUCACCACCUUCUCCACCUCAAGUCGUGUCUCCGCGCUCUCUCCCCGUUCUUCCGCCGCUCUCAUCUCGGGCCACCGUCGCAUGCCCGAAGUCCUGACCUGCCUCGCUAAAUUAAGCCUGCACCACCAUGCCGAGGGAAGAAAAACUAGAAGAGGGGUAUUUUUAGUGCCAUUAAUUUUGACCACGUGCCCCGAAGGUAAACCCGAUGGCCAUUGCGCAAAGGUUCCUCAUCAGUAUGUCCUGCGAGGCCAACGCGCAACACUGGCCAAGGACUGCCGUUCUGCUCUUGGGAUUGCUCCUAGUUGGGAUUGUGUCCUCCAGUCCGCUUCCGAGUAGGACUAAUAGGACAACUUUACUGGAGAAGCGAUGGGAGAGCCUCUUCUCUCGCUCCGUGCUGGGGAUCUCUGGAGAGAGACCAGAGGCGAACUGGGAGAAUGACUAUUUGCUGGGCAUCAAAAGAGUGCGGAGGCUGUACUGCAAUGUAGGCAUCGGGUUUCAUCUUCAGGUCCUCCCAGACGGCAAGAUAAACGGUGUACAUAAUGAGAACCAGUACAGUCUCAUAGAGAUCUCCACUGUGGCCAGAGGAGUGGUUAGCCUGUACGGCGUGAAAAGCGAGCUGUUUGUCGCAAUGAAUAGCAGAGGAAGGUUGUACGGAACGGCUACCUUUAAAGACGAAUGCAAGUUCAAGGAGACCCUGCUGCCAAAUAACUACAAUGCCUAUGAGUCCUCCGUUUACAAGGGAUUCUAUGUCGCUCUCAGCAAACACGGCCGAGUGAAGCGAGGCAACAAGGCCACCACCGCCAUGACGGUCACCCACUUCCUCCCGCGAAUAUGAGCAGACUCUUGCAAUAAUUCUUCAUUUGCACUGAUCUCCCUGAGAGAUCUGAGAAUUGACACACAAACAUACAAGGAACUGCAAGAAUAUCACCAAAAUAGUACUACUUCUUUUUUUAUAUGUAUAUUUGGAUAGGUCAGCUUUUUAUUAGGAUCUCUGAAUAUGCUAUCU